AUGCUCUUUACUUCUAAAUUUGUAUUGUUCUGUUUAACGUUUGGUGCCAGCGUUAUUUCCCGACCUGUAACAGAUAAUAAAGUCGAUGUCUCUCCCAGACAUUUGACUUCAUGUGAUGAAAUAUUUGAGCCAUAUCCCAAGUGCCCUAAAGCCAAUUUGGCACAAUGGAAAUAUUCGAACUUACCAAAGUCUCAAGUCAGUAUAACUAAUGUUGAACUGGUUGGUGGUAACAGUUAUGAUGUUACUGUUCACUUCAAGAGUGACCAUACUAUGUCGCUAAGUUCAUUGAGUGAGUUGAAGAUAAUGACGCCCGUAAAUACUUUCAUAUUUUCAAGAAAUGGAAAUGUCAAGUUAAUUACAAACCCUGGCGACUUUACUUACACAUUUACUGUCGGCGCCAUCGAUCUGAUAGACGGAACUAGAGGCGAAUUAUGUAUACCCGCUGUAUCAUUUCAAUUUGACUGGUGUCUGGUAGGCGUUUAUGACAAAACUGAAUGUAAUUCAUGGAGAUACGACAAGUCAUAUGAUAUCUAUACUGGCUGUCAAGAUCCAUUCCAUAAGAGCGAUUCUUUGUACUGUUUCCGAAAAAAGGAGUGUACAUCAUCCAGUUCAGUGGCUCCAUCUAGCUCACAUACAACUUCAUCGUGUACUACUUCAUCUAGUUUGCUUACAACGUCGUCGUGUUCAACUACUUCAUCUAGUUCAGUUGCUUUAUCCAGUUCACUUACAACUUCAUCGUGUUCAACUACUUCUAGUUCAGUGGCUUCGUCCAGUUCAGUCGCUUUAUCCAGUUCGCUUACAACGUCAUUAUGUUCAACUACCUCUAGUUCAGGGGCUUCAUCUAGUCCAGUUGCUUUAUCCAGUUCAGUCGUCUCACCUAGCUCGGUGGUCACCUCAUCGUGUUCAACCAGCUCAUCCAGUUCAAUCGCUUUAUCCAGUUUGCUUACAACUUCAUCUAGUUCAGUGGCUUCAUCUAGUUCAGUUGAUUUAUCCAGUUCACUUACAACUUCAUCCAGUUCAGUCGUCUCACCUAGCUCGGUGGUCACCUCAUCGUGUUCAACCAGUUCAUCCAGUUCAAUCGCUUUAUCCAGUUUGCUUACAACUUCAUCAUGUUCAACUACUUCUAGUCCAGUCGCCUCAUCUAGUUCAGUUGCUUUAUCCAGUUCAGUGGCUUCAUCUAGUCCAGUUGCUUUAUCCAGUUCAGUGGCUUCAUCCAGUUCAGUCGUCUCACCUAGCUCGGUGGUCACCUCAUCGUGUUUAACCAGUUCAUCCAGUUCAGUUGGCUCAUCAAUUAUCCCAUCAAGUUCAGUUCUCACUUCAUCGAGUUCAACCGCUACGUCUAUACCAACAUACCAAUUGUAUAGUCCUCCUUCUGAAACGGCUCCUGCAACUAGUAGUAUUUUCGUCACUGGGUCCACAACUACUCUUAGAACUAUCAGCUCGGGCCAAUCGAUAGCUAUCCAAAAAUGUGAAACUACCGUUACAAUUAAUUCCAAUGGUGAUUGCAUUACUAUCACUUCGACUAUUAUUGGCACUUAUCCAUUAUUUCCAACAGAAUCAGGAACUUCUGAGAUGAGUAUAGGUUCGCCCACAUUAACAUCAUUAAAUGACCAUCCGGGCAGUGUAGUGGGCAACACAUUAGCUAGCGAAAACCCUGCCAUGGAUAUUCAUUCAAGUAGUGAAGACGAACAUGCUAAAUCGGUUGCUGGUGUUAGUAUUAUCACUAAGGAAGACUUAACUUACACUGCACAUCAUCCAUUACCAACAGGCUCAAAGGGCUCUACAUUAAGCAUCAAUGGAGCCCCUGGGCCAAAGUCACUGGAAUUACCUUCACCCUCGAUUGAUACUGAUUAUAGCUUAAUGACACCAGGCUCUAGUGUUACCUUCCACCUCAGUAAUAGACCUAGUGUUGCUGCAACUUUCAACCAAGUUUCUAAUAAUUUCAAAACUGUAUCAUCUGCGCCCGUCCCUAGUCUCAGUGUAUCUACUUUUCCCACGGCUCCUGAACUGUCGGCUUUCACUUAUGUUAGUGUUUACAGCGGUGAUGCAGCUUUCUCCAAAAAAAGAAGUUCUUUGUUAUGGACAUUCUUGCUUGCUAUCGCGUACAUCUAA